UAAAACAAAGAAGCUGAUGUUGACAUGGUUAGAAUAACCUCAGCACCGCAUUCAGCAGCUGCGCAGCCUCCCGUCUUCACGCAGAAUGGACGACUAUGAUUACGCAUAUGUCGACUACAACGACACUGACAACGACACCGGGCAGGAAUCGGGUGUGGACUGUCCCGGUUCGCGGCUUCGUGGCUCCAGCAUCUUCCUCCCCGUCGUCUAUUACAUCAUAUUCUUCACGGGCAUGCUGGGCAACAUGUUCGUCAUCUUCGUGGUGGGCAGGGGGGGCCGCAGGGGCGGGCGGCUGGUGGACACCUUCAUAGCCAACCUGGCGCUGGCCGACCUGGUCUUCGUCAGCACGCUGCCGCUGUGGGCCGCGUCGGCGCGCCAGGGCGGCGCGUGGAGCUUCGGGGCGGCCGGCGACCUGCUGUGCAAGCUGAGCAGCUACGUCAUCGCCGUGAACCGCUUCUCCAACAUCUUCUUCCUCACCUGCAUGAGCGUCGACCGCUACCUGGCCGUGGUGAAGCUGCUGGACUCCAGGUACAUGAGGAGCAGCCGCUGCGUGCACGCCUCGUGCGCGGCGGUCUGGGCGAGCUCGCUGGCGCUGGGCGUCCCGUCGCUGAUGUACCGGGAGGUGAAGGAGUCCAGCGACGGCCCGUUCUGCACGGAGGACGAAAACUCUGGGUUUUUUCUGGGCCUGAGCUUGACCAUGGUCUUCCUCACCUUCGUGCUGCCCGUGUCCAUCAUCGUGCUGUGCUACGGCACCAUCAUCGUGCACCUCACCAGGCACUGCGCGGCCUCGGCGAACCCCCGGGCGGACGCCCGCCGCAGGCACUCCCUCAAGAUGGUCCUGUGCAUCAUCGUGGCCUUCGUGGUGUCCUGGCUCCCCUUCAACGUCUUCAAGGCCGUCAUACUGGGCUCGCGGCUUCUGAAGGCGGAGCCCAGCUGCGACGCUCGGUGGUGGCAGAGGAACGGCCUGCUGCUCUCCUGCUGCCUGGCGUUCCUCAACAGCUGCGUCAAUCCGGCCAUCUACGUCUUCCUGGACCACCACUUCAGGCGACAGGCCGUGAGCCUGUACAAAGCGUGCAGAGGAAACCCCAAGGCGGCUCACAGCUGCAACUCCUCAGCUUCCUUCACCAACGCCGGCACCUCAGAGAGCUUCGGGACAGCGGCAGGCAGGACUGUGCUUCAGCUCGAGUAGGAGGAUGACACAGGCGGCUGUUUGCAGCUUCACCGGUACUGAAACCUGCUUCUAACCUCUUUACAAAUCUUUGAGGGGGUUAAAGGUGAAGUGAAACAGGGAGAGGAAAUGUUUGCUCACAACAACAUGCAUUUACACUUAUUAUAAUAAGCCUUUUAUAUAUAUAUAUAUAUAUAUAUAUAUAUAUAAGAUGUUAUAAGAUGUUGUUUAAAUUGUUUCCACCCACUGCUUCCACCCUGGUUCUAGUGUUGAUAGUGUAUAUACUUUAUACACUUUAAGUAAAUAAUGUCUCUGAUACAUUAAUUAGUACCAACAGUACAACCUCCAUAAAUCAAUUAAGCUAAUAAUUUACAUCUGUAUGGUCAUUUUAUUACCAAAGAGACUGCAUGAAUUUACUUAUUACUGAUUUUGAUGUGUAAUAUUUUUUUAUGUUGUUUAUUACUUAUUAAUGAUAAUGUUUUAUUAUGUUGACAUUAUAAAUGUAUAUGUUAAUAAAGUUUGUAUCAUUUUGCAAAUAAAGAGUAUUUUGUACAUUAAGUGUUCUCCUGUUUCCUGUUCAAAAAUUAUUCAGUCUUAUAUUUUUACACUGUUUGAAAUUAUAAUGAUCUGCAUGUAUUUGGGCUGAGUGAGUGAAAUAAGA